CGAAGCGUCGCACCACAAAAAAAAAAAACGAGCGUAAAUUGCAUAAUUUUGUUUAUGUGUAUAUCUUCUAAAUAAAAACUAAUCGGGAAAUUUUGCAACGCGCAUCAAAAUAAUAAUGAAGUAGACUAGAAAAUAAAUACAUUGCAUUUUGUUUGUUGUGAACUGAAUUUUUUGUGUAAGAUGAAAAUGCUGUAUGCAGGAAAACAUUGUGUUUGAAUUGCAAUUGUAUAUCGGCCAUAAACAUUGUGUGUACACUUUUAAAGAGUUUAGUAUUUUUAUUGCGCAAAAAAGAAUUAAAUCUAAUUGUAAAUGUAAAUUUCUGCUUAAAAUAUCUAAAAAGCAAAAAAUUGUGAAAAAAAGACUAGUCGGUGAUUUAAAAUUUAAUCGAAUAUGAAUAUGGUUUUGCAUAUAAAACACACGCUUAAGAAGAAAAAAAAUAACAACAUUGCGAAAAUUUAAAUUAGUUUUACAUACUAAGGAGAAAUGAAAAGUGUUGUUUACUGUGUACAAUAACAAAUUUGAUUGGACAAGUAACUACCGCGAAGGACCAUUCGCAAGCAUCAACAUCAGUCAAAAAAAAUCUAUGAGGCAAAACUCCGUUGGUACAUACGGAGGGGUAUAUAUAAUCUUUCUGUUAUUUAGUGUAACGCGUACACAUAACCUCAAAAAAUAUAAAUAUAUACAUAUAUGCACUAUCGUUCAAGCCUUUUUUUGUUUUGCAUCUCUAUUAUUUAAAAUUGUUUUCUUUUGCCACCUUGCCGUUAUACCGUUUAUUGUGCGUAAUAUGACUUAAUUUUAUUUAUUGACCAUGGCAUCAUCACCAUCAUCACAAACUUAAACGAACGAGAAAAAAAAACACACACACACAAUAACAACAACUAAAAGAACCGAGUAAAUCAAACGAACUGUAAUGAUUCUUUUGAUUGAAAUGCUUUAUAUAGACACUUUUUAAAUGCGAGAAUUGUCUUGAUUGUGAAGAAGUAAAUUCUCCAAAAAUACCACGAAAUAAUUAUCAAACAAAAGAGUCGAAAAAAAUGUCUGGCUAUAAAUGUGUAGAUUAUUAUGAACUAUGUCGUUUAUGCACGGCAAGUAAUGGCACAAAAAAAGUUCACAUCUUCUCCGAAGAAGGGAGAAAGAAAAAUUUAUAUGAAAAAAUAGCGGGUUGUCUGCCGAUUGUUGUCAGUGAAACGGAUAAAUUGCCGAAAAUUGUGUGCUCGUCGUGUCUAAUUCAAGUAGAAACGAUCGUCAAAUUCCGACAGACAUGCAUUAAUGCCCAAUCAAUGCUCGAAAGCUGUUUGACCUCAAGCAAAUUGCGGAACGGUGGAAAGGUUUAUAUCAAGGAUGUGUCACCAAAAUCACCACCAUUACUGAAAACCAUCUCAAAUACCCCCAUCACCAUUGGCCAUACAACGCUCACAAAAACUCCAGUACAAAAUUCAAAAAACUCUACCGAUUUCUUAAGUAGUAUUAUUCAAGCGGUUGGCAUUCAGAAUGUCGAUGAGUCAAAUGAACCGCAAAUCAUCAACAACAUUCAACCGGUGCAACAACAGCAGCAGCAACAACAACAACCAGUUCAACAAUACACAAUUACACUGGAUGGAAAGACACUGAAACCAAAUCAAAUCCAUUAUAAAAUCGAACCAACGGGUGCAAUUACAAUUCAAGACCAACAAUUCAUACAGCAAGCACAAUCAACACCAACUCAACAAACGAUCAGCAACAGCACGUACUCGCAAGUAAAUGAGUUUUUAAAACUCAAACCAUCAAAUGCUAAAGUGACACAAGUUUUAAAGCGCAAAGAACCGACCGUUAAAAUUCUAGAGACCUCACCGAAUAAAAAGCCGAAGAUAAAUUUGGUGUUGGCCAGUUCGCCGGUACAACAACAACAGCAUCAACAACCAAAAACCAUUCAAACAAACACAGUAACUGGUAUAUCAGCGGCUAAUACAAUUACCGUAGCCAACACAGCUAGUAAAUCGCAAGCGAUUACAUUACAAGAUCUGAAAUUUUUAUCAUCAGGCAAUAAAUGCUUUUUACCAAUUACAUUGAAAGACGGCAGCAAUAAUGAUCAACAGAUAAUGGCACAAAUUGACACAAAAAACCUUGUUUUACCCGGCACCUAUUUACAAAUGAAAGUCGAUCCACAGCAAAUAACAACGGUCGAUGGACAACAAGUGGUGCAACUCACAUCAGCCGGCAAUCUGCCGACAUCAAUUUCAUUGGCACAACCGCAAUAUGUUCAAACUCAACAACAUUCGAACGAGCACAUUCAACACGCGACCAUCGUUCCGGAAACUCGUACUAUUUUCGCUGGUGGUCAAAAUAUCACUAUAACACAGGAACAAUUGAAUGCAGUGCAAGAUGGCAAAGUUCAAUUUACAACAUUGCAAAAUGUAGCUGCACCAAAUAUCACAUUACCAUUACCAGAAACAUCGGCAAUUACGUUCCAAAGGAUUAAAGUCGAGCAAUCGCCCGAUAAAACUGAAACAAAAACGAAUGUCGUUGCGACAAAGCCACAAGUGUUCAAGCUGCCAACAUUAUCAAAUACAACGACAUCAAUAACCAAUACAAACUCCAAUGCACAACCGAAGACAGCAGUCGUUCGAAAACCAAUGACAAAAGCGACGGUGGUGACAGCAAAGAAUAAAGUGACCAUCAUUAAAAGUGAAACAUUCGAUUCGAAUACAACGACUGUCACAACCACACAAAAUACGAAUACAACAUCAGGUAGUGGUACAACAGCCAAAACGGAUGUUCCAACAUGUGAUGUGUGUGAGAAAGUGUUCAAACGGAAAGAGCAUUUGGCACAGCAUGUGAAAUUGCAUUUGGGCUUGCGACCAUUCAAAUGCGAAGAGCCAAAUUGUAAUAAGGCAUUCAGCCGAAAGGAGCAUUUGAUGCGACAUUGUGUAUCACACACCGGCAAAAAGCAGUUCGAUUGUGAUAUUUGCCAUAAAUUAUUUUCACGAAAGGACAAUUUGAACAAACACAAAAAGUCUCACGAGCAAAAACAACAGGCCCAACAAGUACAGCAACAACAGCAACAUGUACAAGAAGCGGUCCAACAACCGACAUUAGUGUACACGGUUACCGAAGUAAACUAAGAUUUUCGUAAUUAUAAUUGCCAAGAGAAAAACAAAAGCACAUACACUCUUUCCAACGGUUGAACCGUUGCUCAUUUUGAAAACAUUUUUAACUCUACAUUACAUGAAAUGUGCAUGGAUCUUCAAGACUCAAAUUGCGUAAUAUUGUAUUAAAAACUCUUUUUUAUAUCAACUUUGAUCUAAUGCUUGCUAAUGAUUUGCACACACACACACUUAAACAAAACACAAUUCACGAAUUCAAUAGACAAAUGGCUUAAGAAUCAUGCCCUUUUUGGAGGCAACGAUUUUUACCCAUAAUUCGAUACAAUUCAGUUCAUCUCAAUAAAGAAGAAGAGCACACAAACAGCACCUAGACAAAGAGAGAGGGAGAGAGAGAGAACGAGAGAAAAAAAAUCUCGGUCGAAAUAUAUAUUCUUCAGAAAUUUAAAAUCUCAUAUCCGUGUAUUCAUCACCAUAAUUGUAUCAUUUGAGUGGUAUCAUACUUUUUAUUAAUUUAUACCAGAAAUAGGAUACACACAUCCAACGAAAUUCAAAUUGGCACGAAACAUUUUAUUAAAUACAUAUUUCAAAUUCACAAUAUGCAUUAUCAAAAGCAGCAAAGGCACAAAAAGAACGACAAGAACAGAAAUUAAAUUAUCAUCUAUAUAUAAGAAGGUUAGAAAAAUUUACAUUUAAAGAAAGAGAGAGAGAGAGAGAGAGAGAGAGAGAAAACUUAAAAUUAAGCGUUUUUGAGAUUUUUUCUUUGAUUCCUAUUCAUUGUGAAGAUUGCUUAGAAGGAAGUAGAAGAGAAAAGCAUGUAUAAACUUUAAGUAUAAAUCAAACGAAAAACUUACACAUUCACGUUUUGAAUAUAAGAAAGAAAACAAUUUCACCCCCUUUUCCCAAAAUUUGAAAUCGACAACAAAAAAAAAACAAUCUAUUUGUGAAAAAUCAGCAUGAAAAUAAGGACACAAAAAUGCAAAAAAAUAAAAGUUUAAAUGAAUAAGUCAGAGACAAUUUUAACCUUAUAAAAAAAUAAAGCCAGAUUUUUACGCCAUUACAUUCUAACUGUGCAUGUAAAAUCCGAUUUAAUAGUCCAUGCAAUUAUAAUUAUAAAUUUUCUGUUCUGUAACAAGUAUCGAUACUUAAUGUGUGAAAGCAAAUUCAAAAAUAAACACAACUGUGGCCGUAUUUGAUUUUAAAGAGAAUUGGCACCAAUACGAUAUAGUAUUAUCGUUGCAAUUUAAGGAAACUUACCAUUCCUUUGGAUAGUGCCGUAGAAAUGUCCUAUAUUCCACAUGUACAUUUAAAAGCUUUUUUUUCAUUUCUCGAUUGUAAUACUUUCCCCAAAAAAGAUGAAUUCAUUGAAUGUAAUCAACCAGUGUAAUUCAAGAAUUCACAUUUUGAUUUUAAUUUAUUGACUUUGUUAGUUGUACACCCGAUCUGUAUAUUUAAAAAAAAAGAAAAUAUUGUA